UCUGGUUCUCAGUCAUUUCCUCACUAUUACAUAUGAAACUUCUAUGCAAUGAGUGCAAGUAAUUACUACUUUUAUCAUUAGAGAGAGGUGAAAGAUACCAAACACUACAACAUAGGGGAAAACAGUGUAAGAAAGCCAUGUAGUAGAGUGUGGACUUUUACUUUGAAGGAGCACACAGCCAAAAAAUUAUCUACACAUGUAAAACACUGAUACACAUAUUCAUUGUCACAGUCUUGUUCACAAUCUAGAGAACUAUACAGUAGCCCUACAUUAAAUAUACAAGAAAGAAGUGAUAAUAUAAGUGAUAAUGGAUAAAAAAAAAAAUUAACAUCAGCUACAGACAAAGAUGGAGUGGAACAUAAAGCUCUUUGUGUGAAAACAUUCACUGUUCUGUUCAGAGUCUCUGUGCAAGCGUCUUCCUCCUCAGUCUGACACUAAAAGAUAACAUCAUCCACUUGUGUUUCUUGCUGAGUGACAGUAUGCACACUGUUGUCUGUGAUAUAUUUGUAUGUGACAGGUUGGAAAUGCUGACGCACAGACUCUCCAGGUCUGAUAAGAUGUUUUAUGAUCAUUAAGGUACUAAAUAUUUUUUCCUUCUGAUCAACUCAUAUUUUACUUUUGCUCUGUGCAUAUGUAUGGGAUGCGUACGUGGUGUGUGUGUGUGUGUGUUUGUGUGUAAAGGGCAGACAGUUCAAGGGGAAUUUGAUCCUACAGCCCACCAUGGGGCAGCAGACAUGCUCUGUAAAAAAUGACAUUUACCCCUGUAAGAGAUUUCAUUUUGCAUUAAAACAGAUACGAGUGGUUCAGAAUUUUCAAUAAAUGGUUUAAAGGCCAUAAUGCCAUUUCAGAUGUCUCAUCAAUGUGCCUAUAUGCUAUAUAAAUACAUCAGAUUUGAGACUAACUCAUAUUAUAAUGAAGCACAUUUCAUCACUUGGAAGCAAAUGAAGUAUGUGCCGCUAAAACUGCUCUGAAAUGACCAGAAAAUGACUGUAGGAUCAUGUGUCCUGCUGUCACUGAGCUCCUUGUUAUUUGCUGAGCAUGCUAGGAUCUUGUUCCACCAGGAUUUAUAUUUGCGUCUCCCUCACUCCUCUCAACAAACUCACUGCCUCAACAAAAUGAAGCAAGCAAGAGCCUCCUUUUAACCUUCUACGGGAAGGAAUGCAUGGUCAAUUCAUAUUAGUGUGUGCUUUAUCCGCCACUAAACAAUUUUCAACAUAAGGCCACAUGCUUUCUGUCACAAAUCAUAUACUGGUGGUGUGGAAGAAGGAGGACCCCUCCACUUUCUAGGAAGGUUCACACAACUGAUGUCGUGCCCUGGUCCUAAAGCAGGUCAGUUCAGCAGCAACUUUUUUGAAAAUCCUGAUAAGAUAAUGCUUUUAAAGCAUGAAACAGGUGUGUGAAAUAUCUUGAAAUGGCCAUAAAGAUGUAUACUGAAACAAUUUGAAUUAGUAAAUCAGAAUACAUGGUAAAGGUGCUUGUAGAGCUUGGGAUUUUUUUUCAGUAAAGGGCAGUUGUCCUGCAGCAGGUGUACAGUUAUCAUUUUGCUAGUCCACCUAUUUGUUUUCAGUUAAUGCCAAUAAUAUUUGUAUAUAUUAUAAUGAAGGCAAAUAUAAAUUCAUACAAUUUUAUGCUUAAUUCCUCCAUUAUGAAAAGCAAUGAAUUGGGCAUAAACAUCUAAUAGAACUGAGUAUAAACCUUUAUGAAGACUGUAAAAAAGAAACUGAAAUCUGCAUCACUUGAAGCACUGCUUUGCUGAGCUAUAUCCUGAAAUGCACAGCAUCCUUCAGCAACUGAGUGAGAGGAUUCCUUAACAAACUCUACUGUUCUUUCCUGCCUCAAAACAAUUCCAUUGUUUGCAGAUUCUCUGUUUUCACACUGAUUAAAAUUGUGUGGUCAUUCUAAAACAGAGGAGUGGAGACUAAUGGUUGAAUAUAGUCUAAUUGACAUCUUAUCAACAAAGUUAAACAAAGUCAGGACUUUGGUCUAAUCAUCAGUCAGCAACGUACAGCCAACAGUUAAAACAGCAUUCACUCUAACAAGUACAGUUAUAUUAAUAGAAGCGAAAUUAGAGUCUUUUGAGCUUCAGUAUUAUGACACUGGGAUAGCAGCCUGCACUGGGACAGUGGCCAUUUGUACAGGUAUGGAAACAAAACUGAUCUACAUAGUUUUUAGUAGUUGCAGUGGAGUAAAUACUACUUUUACUCAGUGCUGAAUAAUAUAUCAUUUAUAGUUUGUGUACUAAUGUUUUUAAACUAACUCUGGCAUGUCGGGCGCAAUAAACUGCAAAGCCUUUAAAUACAGUUUACAAGGAUUCACAGUUCUUUCAAAGUGUCUUCUCGGAGAAAACCAUUUCUGCACCUUUACGUGUUUUAGUUUUUGUCACAGCUAAAAUCCUUGGAAUGUUCAGCCAGUUCUUCUUCGUCCUACAGUGAUUAGUUUGUUUCUCUCACACAUAUCUUUAGUUGACUUUGUCAUGGUGGUGAGGAGUAAGACUGACCUUUCAAUUGUUUUUAACUCACAGAUCGUGCCAUGGAUCAUGUGUUGAACAUCGCUGAUCAUUACUUCUUCACUCCAUACGUUUACCCGGCCUUGUGGCCUGAGGAUGAAGCUCUGCGCCAGAUUAUCAGCCUGUGGGUGGUGACCAAUCUGGGAGCACAGCUGAUUUACCUGGGCUUUGGUGCUCUUAACUUCUACUACGUGUUUGACCAUAAGCUCAUGAAACAUCCACAGUUUAUUAAGAACCAGGUAAGAAAAGAGAUACAACUAGGAACUGUCUCUAUCUUCUGGAUGAGCUUCCCCACAGUAGCCCUUUUCUUCUGGGAGGUCAGGGGACACAGCAAACUUUACGACAACAACAAAUCUUCCCUAGGCUGGCUGGGAGUGUUCCAGAGCAUUGCUGGUUUUUUGUUCUUUACUGACAUGUGCAUCUACUGGAUACACCGGGGCAUGCACCAUAAGAGCAUUUACAAGCACUUACAUAAGCAGCAUCACAUAUUCAAGAUCCCCACACCAUUUGCCAGCCAUGCCUUCCACCCACUUGACGGCUUCCUGCAGAGCUUACCCUACCACGUCUACCCAUUCAUCUUCCCCCUUCACAAGGUGGUCUACCUCUCACUCUUUAUCUUUGUCAACAUCUGGACCAUUUCCAUACAUGAUGGAGACUACCGCAUACCCAGCCCUCUGAUAUAUCUGAUCAACGGCGCUGCUCACCACGUAGACCAUCACCUCUACUUCAACUACAACUAUGGACAGUACUUCACGCUCUGGGAUCGCCUGGGGGGCUCCUACCGACACCCCUCAGUUCUUCUGGGGAAGGGGUCACAUGACCAUGUCCGCAAGCUCAUGGCAUAGGCCGCAGAGACAGUGAUGAUGGGAGCUGCAGCCAGGAUAUUCUUUUCUCAUUGCAACCUCUCAGGGAGGUUUCCAGAGAGGCCUGGAGCCAAGAGACUGUUGCUUCAGUUACACCAACAGCCAUCUAAGCAUAGAUCUGACAGCCACAGGAAGAGAUAA